UUGGGAGAGAGGCAGCUGUUUGAGGCUGCAUUGAGAGGCAGCUGUGCUUGUGAUUGACUCUUGUAAGACAUUUUUGUUAUCUUCUCUUCACUCUGGAUGCCAUUUCCUGACCAGAUUCUUCAUGUGAGAAAGCAGUGUUUCUUCCAGAAUGGCUGUCUUGAAACUUACAGAACAGCCUCUGCUAGUCCAAGCAAUUUUCAAUGCCGACCCAGAUGAGAUACGUAUGUUGAUCUACAAAACAGAAGAUGUAAAUGCUUUGGAUAACGAAAAACGGACCCCCCUUCACUGUGCAGCAUUUCUUGGAGAUGCAGAAAUCAUUGAACUUCUGAUUUUGUCAGGAGCUCGUGUAAAUGCUAAAGACAAUAUGUGGCUGACUCCUCUUCAUCGUGCUGUUGCUUCGAGAAGUGAGGAAGCAGUACAAAUGUUAAUUAAGCAUUCUGCGGAUGUCAAUGCUCGAGAUAAGAACUGGCAAACCCCUUUGCAUGUAGCUGCAGCUUACAAAGCAGUCAAGUGUGCAGAAGUGAUAAUUCCGUUACUGAGCAGUGUCAAUGUUUCUGACAGAGGAGGACGUACAGCCUUGCAUCAUGCAACCUUGAAUGGACAUAUAGAGAUGGUAAAUCUACUCUUAGCCAGAGGGGCAAAUAUAAAUGCUUUUGAUAAGAAGGACAGGCGAGCUCUUCAUUGGGCAGCAUACAUGGGCCAUCUUGAAGUUGUAACAUUGUUGAUCAGUUGUGGUGCAGAGGUCACAUGUAAAGAUAAGAAAGGUUACACUCCACUCCAUGCCGCUGCAUCGAAUGGACAACUUAGUGUUGUAAAACAUCUCCUUAACCUCAGUGCAGAAGUUGAUGAAGUAAAUGUUUAUGGCAAUACUGCUCUUCAUAUUGCCUGCUAUAAUGGUCAAGAUGCUAUUGUUAAUGAAUUAAUAGACUAUGGAGCCAAUGUGAAUCAGCCAAAUAACAAAGGUUUCACCCCGUUACACUUUGCUGCAGCCUCUGUUCAUGGCGCUAUGUGUCUUGAAUUAUUGGUCAGUAAUGGAGCUGAUGUUAAUAUGCAGAGUUAUGAUGGAAAAGGUCCACUGCACAUGACUGCUGCUUACGGAAGGUUUGCAAGAUCUCAAACACUUUUAAAGAAUGGAAGUGCAGUAGACUGUAGUGAUAGAGAUGGCAAUACUCCAUUACAUGUGGCUGCAAGAUAUGGUCAUGAACUCUUAAUUAACUCUCUCCUGGCUAAUGGUGCUUCUACAGCAAAAUGUAGCAUCCACAACAUGUUUCCCUUGCACUUAGCAGCGUUAUAUGCACACUCCGAAUGCUGCAGGAAGCUUUUGUCAUCAGGUUGGAAUUUGUCAACUGAAAGAUUUGAAAUAAAUGCACUGGAUAUGUUUGGAAGGACAUGUCUGCAUGCUGCUGCAGCAGGAGGGAAUGUAGAUUGUGUGCAGCUCUUACAGGACAGUGGAGCAGAUUACAGUAUAAAAGACAAAUGUGGACGGGCACCUUUACACUAUGCAGCAAUGAACUGCCAAUUCAAAUGUGUUGAGCGUUUAAUAAACUCAGGUGCUAAAAUUAAUGAAACUGAUGAAUGGGGACGGACAGCCUUGCACUAUGCAGCAGCUUCGGACAUUGACAGAAAGGGACAGAACAUUCUGAGUAAUAUAAGUGAAAGUGAAGAAGAGACAGUAAAGGCAGAGAUCAGAAAACAAAGUGAAGCUGCAGAGUGCAUAGAAUUUCUCCUUCAGAACAAAGCUGACCCACUUCUAUUUGACAAUGCUGGAUACAAUGCUGUCCAUUAUGCUGCAGCAUAUGGUCAUAGGAAAUGUUUGGAAUAUCUUCUGGAAAGAACUAGGAUCUGCCGAAAUGAACCAAUUGUAUCAACUGCAAAAAGUCCGUUGCAUUUAGCGGCAUACAAUGGACAUUACCAUGCCCUGGAACUGCUUCUACAGUCAUUUGCAGAUGUGGACAUAAGAGAUGAGAAAGGUCGAACACCUUUAGAUCUUGCUGCUUUUAAAGGUCAUACGGAAUGUGUUGAAUCUCUUAUUAACCAGGGGGCCUCCGUUCUUGUAAAAGACUUAGUCACUGAAAGGACUCCUCUUCAUGCAGCUGUUAUUAACGGCCAUACAUCAUGUUUACGGUUGUUACUUGAAAUGACUGAUACAACUGAGGUAGUUGAUGUGGUGGAUUCAAAAAAACAAACUCCUUUGAUGCUUGCAGUAGCAUAUGGACACAUUGAUGCAGUGUCUUUGUUACUUGAAAAAGAGGCAUCAGUAGAUGCAGCUGAUGUUUAUGGAUGUACAGCAUUGCAUAGAGGGAUUAUGACAGGCCAUGAAGAAUGUAUCCAGAUGCUGUUGGAUCAAGAAGCAUCUCUUUUAUGGAAGGAUUGUAGAGGAAGGACACCUUUACACUUUGCAGCAGCCCGUGGUCACGCUACUCUGCUCAGUGAGCUGUUACAGAUGGCACUGUCCGAGGGAGAUUGCAAUUUCCGAGACAAUGAAGGAUAUACACUUUUGCAUUGGUCAGCCUAUAAUGGUAAUGAAAACUGUUUAGAAGUACUAUUAGAACAAAAAUCAUUCCGGAAUUUCCAGGGAAAUCUCUUCUCUCCCUUACAUUGUGCAGUAAUGAAUAACCAUGAGAACUGUGCUUCUUUGCUUAUUGGGUCAAUAGACGCAAGUAUUGUUAACUGUAAGGACCGCAAAGGAAGAACGCCACUUCAUGCAGCAGCUUUCGCCAAUCAUGUGGAUUGCCUGGAGCUUCUUUUAAGUUACAAUGCAAAUGUAAAUAUUGUGGACAAUGCAGGAAAAUCGCCACUUAUGAUUGCUGUUGAGAAAGGACAUCUAGAAUCUACAGAUAUUUUGUUAAAAGGACAAAAAGUGGAUUUGGCUGCGAAGGAUAAGCUUUUGAACACAGCACUGCACUGGUCAUGCAUUGCGGGCCAUAAAGAUUGUGCAAUGUUAAUUCUUGACAAGAUAGAAGAUAAAUACCUUAUCAAUGCAACAAAUAAAGCAUUACAAACACCUCUGCAUAUAGCUGCACGAAUUGGAUAUAAAAGUGUUGUUGAAAAAUUGAUAAGUAAAGGAGCGAGUGUUCUUGCACUUGAUGAAGAAGGACAUAUGGACCAAAUUGCUCUUCACUGAGAGAUUUGCAGAAAGAAGAAUGAAAUAAAUUAAGAAAAAGAUUAAAUUGGAAUUCAGGUAGCAGAUGAAAUGGACAAUAUAACCGAUUGCUUAUCAAAGCACCACAGCAGCUGAUAAAAACAAUGUGCCAAAAAUAUGGCUUUUGCUUAGUACUUUGUGCCCACUGUUAAGAUAUAAAUAAAAUAAUUAAUUACAUUGUUUGGAGUACUGAUUCUGGCUAGAACAAUUUUUGAUCUGUGUAUGUAAACCUGUUUUUUAUUAUAUUAAAGGGUAUGGAAUUUCAGAUAAAUGCUAAGCU